AGGGGGCGGGGCGUGGGUCACAUGACAGUCACAUGAAUAGGAAGUAGAGAGGAGACUGAGGAGAGAAACACAGAGCCGGGAGCGGCAUGAUGACCUCAGAAAGUUCCCCGCUGCUGCAUUACCGGCUGUUUAGUGUGUCGGAUGGGGCUCUGGGCCCCCCGGAUUCCUCCCCCUGUGGGACUGAUGCUGUUGCCGUGGGGACUGGGACCAACCCACGCAAACUCUCCACGUUUUUUGGAGUUGUUGUUCCCACUGUCUUGUCCAUGUUUAGCAUUGUGGUCUUUAUGAGAAUAGGAUUUGUGGUGGGACACGCCGGGCUCCUUCAGUCGCUUGUGAUGCUCUUUGUGGCUUACGCUAUUAUCUGGCUCACUGUGCUCAGUGUCUGUGCCAUAUCGACCAAUGGAGCUGUCCAGGGGGGUGGAGCCUACUUCAUGAUCUCGCGCACCCUGGGGCCGGAGUUUGGAGGCAGCAUCGGACUCAUGUUCUACCUGGCCAAUGUGUUUGCCUGUGGGGUGUAUGUCCUGGGGCUGGUAGAAGCAGUGCUGGAUGUGUUUGGGAGAGACCCGUCGGGCCCUACGGACUCUCUGCGCUCCCUCCCUCAGGGUUACGGUUACAACUUCCUGUACGCCAGCAUCAUCCUCCUCCUCUGUAUGGCCAUCUGUCUGGUUGGGGCCUCCAUUUACUCCCAGGCCUCAUUUUUCAUCUUCUUGUUGGUUUUCGUGGUUCUUCUGACAAUUUUGAUCAGUUUUCUGGCAGUGAGGCCCCUCACUGUGACCAUCCGGCAUGGGGGGAAUGUGACCUUCACAGGGGUGUACACAGGGAUUAACAGCAGCACUCUCCAUGAUAACCUGCAGGCUGAUUAUUCUCUGGAUUAUACCACUGGCAACCUCAUGAACUUCGCUACUGUCUUUGCUGUAAUGUUUAAUGGCUGCACUGGCAUCAUGGCGGGGUGUAACUUGUCUGGGGAGCUGAAGCAGCCCAGUCGUUCCAUCCCUAUAGGAACCAUUAUUGCCGUUAUUAUCACCUUCUUUGUCUACCUGAUACUCUUCAUCUUCACUGCUCUGACCUGUGACAGGACGCUGCUCAGGGAGGAUUAUGGGUUCUUCCGGCCCAUAAACAUCUGGCCUCCAUUUGUUCUGAUUGGGGUGUACGCCACGUCUCUCUCUGCCUCCAUGAGCACUCUCAUUGGAGCCUCUCGCAUCUUGCACGCUUUAGCUAAGGAUGAUCUCUUCGGGGUCCUACUGGCUCCGGCCAAACUAGUGUCCAAAGGAGGAAAUCCCUGGGGAGCGGUGAUCUACACCUGGGCCUUGGUGCAGCUGGUGCUGCUGGCAGGGAAACUGAACACCAUUGCCGGCAUCGUCACCGUCUUCUACCUCAUUGCCUACGCGGCAAUAGACUUGGCUUGCCUGGCACUGGAGUGGGCAUCGGCACCCAACUUCCGGCCCACCUUCCGGCUCUUCUCCUGGCACACCUGCCUACUGGGAAUCCUAAGCUGCCUGGUGAUGAUGUUCCUGAUUAACCCCGCCUAUGCCUCGGGAAGCAUCGUCCUCCUCCUCCUCCUGCUCGGCUCCAUUCACUUCCGGAGCUCAAGUAGCAGCUGGGGGUACAUAAGUCAGGCUCUGAUCUUCCAUCAGGUGCGUAAGUACCUCCUCCUGCUGGAUGUGCGCAAAGACCACGUGAAGUUCUGGCGGCCGCAGAUCCUGCUCAUGGUGUCCAACCCUCGCACCUCCUGCCAACUCAUCAAGUUUGUCAAUGACCUGAAGAAGGGCGGCCUGUAUAUCCUGGGGCACGUGGAGACGGGGGACCUGGACACCCUCCCCUCUGACCCGGUGCAGACCCAUUACAGCUUUUGGCUCAGUCUGGUGGAUAAGCUGAACGUCAAGGCCUUUGUGGAUCUGACUCUGUGCCCGUCUGUCCGGCAAGGAGCUCAGCAUCUCCUGCGCAUCACCGGCCUGGGGGGCAUGAAGCCCAACACAUUGGUCCUUGGUUUCUAUGACGACGCCUCCCCGGAUGACUACUUCCUGCAGGACCAGUUGUUCAGCCCGAGCCUGUCCCCUAAGGACGACGCAUUUGGAGUGGACGCCACAUCAUUGCAGGCUCACUUCCCCCCGGCCCGGGACCCGGAGACCCCGCGCCUCCUUCCGGCCAAUGAUUACGUGGCCAUGAUCUGCGACGCUCUGAAGAUGCACAAGAACAUUGUUCUGGCCCGGAACUUCCCUCUCUUAGUGCGACCCGAAGCCUCAAGCCCCGCCAUGUACAUCGACGUGUGGCCCCUGGACCUGCUUCGGCCCCAGGCUUCGGCCUACGUCGACGUCUGCAGCCUUUUCCUCCUACAAAUGGCGUGUAUUCUGAACAUGGCCGCCUCGUGGCGCCGCUUCCAGCUGCGGGUCUUUCUGUGCGUGGAGUCCAGAGGCGGAGGCGGCAGCGACGGGGCGAGCGGCUGGAUCGCGGCCGAGGCCAAGUUCCGGGAGCUGCUGAGCAAGCUGCGGAUUCGGGCGCUGAUCCGAGUGGUGGCCUGGGACAGGGUCGCGGCGCUCCGUGGGCCCAAUGCUGAAGGGCAGGCCCUGAACCGCGAGCCCAUCUCGUGUGAAUACCUCAAGGCGGCCAACCGCGCGGUGGAGGAGGAAGGAGGGGCGGAGACAGGGGUGCGGUUCCUCUAUCUGCCCCGGCCCCCGGCCGACCCCGCCCUGCACCAACGGUACCUGGAGGAACUGGACACCCUGACGGGCGGACUGGGCCCGACGUUACUCAUUCACGGCCUGACUCCCGUUACCUGCACCGAGCUCUAACGGCCCCCCUGUGGCGCUCAGACUGCUACGUUACUAUGGCAACCCCAACUAACCUCAGUCACCCCCCCCCCCCACCUUGUUCUGCACUCAGACUUGCACCCCUCUAGGGCAUUAUUAACCACUAAUGUUCCGCACUGCUCCGCCGCGUCCUCCAUUGGGCCACACUUCCAGCACCAUUCCCAGAAUCCUUUGCCACACUCCACCAAUCGGUGCCAAGGUUUGCUUCCUUUUUGGGUAAUGCACUCGUCACAUUCCCAGAAUCCUUUGGGACCCUCGUUUAUUUCCUUUUUUUUCCACCAAUGAAUGAGCUGAAUGUGUCGCUGCUUUUGCAUUUAAACACAAACGGAUGGCCUUUGUGCCCCCCCACCUUCCCAGAAUCCUUUGGGGGGGGCAUCUUACUAACACUUUACUGCUCUCCUAACGAAGUUCCAUAAUGUAGCGAGAAGGGCAAAUGAGUUUCUAAUUGACAUGUUUUAUUAUUCAGCGAUAUCCUUAUGUUAUAUAGAAGGGGUUGUGGGGCCAAUACUGUGCUUUUUGCUGUUAUUUAUUAACAAGUUGGAGUUCCCAUUAACCAAUUGCCCCGUGUUUGGCACACGAUGCCCCUCCCUGGGGCAGAAAGCUCUUCCUAUGUGCGGAGGGAAAUGCCCGGCCUUUAUUAUAAGGAUCACUGGGGGGAUAUUUAUUUAGUAAAUAAUAUAACGAGUAGAUAACAAUAACCCCUCCCUCACUCACACUCACUCCCUCACUCACACUCACUAUGGAACUGGUGACUAUAGAGAGGUUGAUGUUGUAGAAGAUUCCGCCAGGUUGCUUUGUAUCCACUUGUUCUUCCGGUACCUUCUCCCUCCCAGGGGCACAAGCUUCUCUAGGGGGGGGCGGGGCCUGCGGCCAAAAGAAGGUUCCUCAUUGGUCCUUAUCCUCCCUCCUGCGGGAGCUGCACUUUAGCCGUUGCUAUGGGAUUUGCCUUAUACAUUGCGCCUGUGGGAGGGUCGCCAAUGAUCUUCUCGUGACUGUUACGUUCUUUUAUGUCUCGCGUUUCUCUUUUAAAUGCUUUUUUUUAAUAUGUAAGAUUUGGACACUUAAUAAAAGGAAUAAACCGCC